AUGCGAGGAAGUCAGCGCAACACUUACGACGUAGAUGUUGCCAUUGGCUGUGAGAUGGUGCAACUCAUUGAAGCUCUCAAAACUCAACCGCGGGUGCUUCGUCCGUCAGGUCCCGUCUCGGGAGUCAUGAGGGUUUUUGUUCGUACUGGGGGAAACCUUGGUGCACCCGACGACCCUCGAACGGCCUCCGAAACCCUCAACGUCUCAACCAAUCUUGGUCCUAGACAAUACACCAUGCUCAACGUGGCCUGGAUCACGAGUAGCAAACUGGGUGCUUUUUUUGCACGAGGAUCGAAGACUGACUUUGAUGACGUCGUUUUUUUGGUUCAGAAUUUCCCCGAGGCCGUUGUUGCCGCACGCCCUCAGCUGAGUGGGACCCACCGACAAUAUUUUGUCAGGGAAUAUAGCGGCACAUAUCCGGGCCCAGCCAACGCUGCAAGAGUCAAGCGUGUGAAGCAUGUCCUCGGAGUGCUCGUGGAUGUGUGA